AUGCCUCGCUCACUCGCCCGGCUGCGAUACAGACCGCCUCCAGUACCCAUCAACUUCUCCCGCAUCGAUGCCACCCGACCGCACCUCGAGGCGCUACUAGAGAGACGAGUAGCGGCCUAUGUCGUGCGCCAGUCAAACCCACGUCACGUAAAGUUGCAGGUCGUCGUGAACCCGAAGGCAAAGCCGCAGCCGACUGCACAGUUUGUGCCCGCGCCAUUGAAACCCUAUACGCUACGGGAUGUCGUCGAUCCCGAAGGCAAGGCGCGCCACGGAGAGAUCAUCUACGUCUUCCGGAACAUAAAGUCCAACCAGAUCAUCUACUCACUGCAGGAGCUACUUGACAACCACCAUCUUGAGCAGCUGCCCUUCAUCGGCAAGCACUCGAAGCCGCCUGUCCUGCGUCCCGACGAAUGGAUACCGCACUGUGUCGUUACCUUUCCUACCCCCGAGCAAGGCCACAAUGCCUUUCGGAAACUGCGAGAGUUCCGUAAACUCCACGAGCUGGCAUGGGACAAGACAGACCCCGAGUACAAGAAUCUGCCUCUCAAACAGAGAAUCAGAAAGAUCAUGGACCAGCGAGCAAAUAUGAGCGCUGAUCUGGCCGAGGUUCUACGCAUACAGGAAGUACAUGGAGCAAAGAUGACAGAAGCCCAGGAAGCACAGCAGCAAAAGGCGACUGACUUCUUGGACAAGCGAUGGCAGCAAAUCGAUAUCCUGGCAAAUGCUGCUGCGGCCAAGGAGAAGGAGGCUGAUAAUGUCAAGUGGUUGGAGCAUCAGGUACGGUCGUUGGACAUGAAGCUUAGGAUGAAGCACAACCAGAAUGAGGCAGACCAGAAGCGCCUACAGGCGGCGAAGCAAAGCAACGAAACCCGCUUACGGAAGGUUCAAUAUGCCCAACGAAAAGCGGAGCAGUUCAAGAACUUCCAGGAAGACUUGGCGCGGCAAGCCGCCCCAGCUAAAGAGGAGGGUGCAGAGGCCAAGUUGGCUGACUUGAAGGCACGGGCUCGUGCACUCCAGGAUGCCCUCGAGAAUCCAGACCCCACUCGCUCAGCUGAAGACCUCGAUAUCGACAGGGAUCUUCUCGCGCAAAACGAAAGCGAGAUGAUCGCCCUGGAACAAGCUUUCGAAGCCAAGGCUCUGGCCGAGUCCCGUGACCACUACAUUGCUCGCUCUGUCCUGCCACGGGUACUGAAGAAGGCCCUUCCUACACCAUUCAGCCUCCAAGGUGUCAAUGUCCAGUGGGCAGACAUGCAAGAUGCGCUUUAUGCGUCCGGGCAAUGGCCCGAGCUGAUCGAGCACGAAACACUGGCGUUGAACAAGGUACGCGGUGAGACUGCGUUGCUCUCUUCGGAAGAGUUCGAGAUUGAAAAAAACAACGAAGUUGGGAGGAUCAUCCACGCUCUGCAAGGAAAUGACGAUGCGUCGUACCAAAGUUCGCUGCGCUUAUCCGAGCCGGAGCCGGAGCCAGAACAAAAGAAGGGUGCUCUCAAGUAUUUGCCUGAGAUAAGAAACCCGUUCAGGAGUGCAACUGCCUAG